UACUCACUAUCCCUGUUUCACAGCUCUGGAAAGGUUCCUGGAGAGGAUGUGGAAAGAUCCCCAGUAGGUAGCAGAGCCAGGAUUUGACUGAAGACUGUGACUCAAGUGAGGCUCUUAACCCUGGGCCAACUGUCUGCCAUUUGGACUGCAAAUCCCAGAGGUCAGAUACCCCUAAGAGGCCAGCCAUUGCACCUCUGCAAGGCAGGAUUCCACCUUCUCUCAGGUCCCAACACCCUGGCCAGACUCAUCGAGUGAAUGAAAGACUCUAUUGUAUCCCCUGUUCCCACCAUUGCCAUUACAAGCCACAGUCCCACAAGGACAGAGAACUCAAGGCCACUUUCUCAGAGGAGGACGGUGGUCUGUCUCUAGGCCUUUAGGGUGGGAUUCAUCCUUCUCAGUCAGAUUUCAGGAGCGAUGGUGGUUGCGUUGUUGGGCGUCAGUGCUAUUGCUGUGACUUAAUGAUGCAAGGUAGGGGGAGUCCCACAGACACUGAACAUGCAGUGAUGUUGCUGAGCGUGAUGAUUACCGCCAAAGCAACUGUGGAACCCAGAGAUAAUAACAUUUUUAGUUGUAUUAGGGUUUGGGGAAUCAGUUUUAUUGCAAGUCAUUUCCAUUAACAGUUAGGUAUUGUGAUGAGACGCUCCCAGAAACCACCCUUAACUCGCUGUGUGCAGGGCCUCCUCCCACGAUGGCCACAAGGGGGCAGCUGCGCGCCGGGGUCAGCCGGGAGGAGGGGCCUGAGUGCCGAGGGCGGGGUUCUCAGGGGUUCGGAGGCGCCGCUGGACCUCCCUGAGACUGCACAGCCCAGCGUGCUGUCAGAGAAAGCACACACCCCCUCACCCCCUGAGAUGCCCAGAAGGUGUUCGCUUCUGGUUCUGCCCCUUCGAGGCUCCGUGACCCAGCCAGCUGUUCCGCUCCCCGAACCUCGCUUCCCGUGUGUGAGAUGAGGAUGCCCAUACCUCCGCUGAACCAACCUGGGGACCACGCGAAGCACCCCCACAGGCCCAGGCUGAUGGGCUGUAAUGAAAAGCCCCCAAAGGGAAACUUCAUCCAGGCGAGAUUCAGCCUUCCCCGCCAGCGAGUGAAGGUCCCUGGGCAGGGAGCGGAGAUGCUGGCCACCGCCCCACGCUCAUCGUCUAGAAAUGCCACUGUCCCUGCUCAGCGUCAGAGGGUUCUUGGCCGCUGCUGCCUCUGGGAAAAGUUGCCUCGGGAGAAAGGGAGUGAGGGCCCUGCCAGCAGCGAGAAUGGCUCCAGGGAGGCAGGGCAGCUGGCAGUGCUGUGGGAGGACAGGCCUUUGGAGGGAGGUGGGAGACGAGUCUAGAGAAACCAGGGAGACAGAGGUGGCGGCUUUGACCCUUCCAGAGACUGGGAGCUGCGGGAGGCUUUGGAGAAGAGCCACAACCUGGGCUUUAGAGAGACAGGCCUGGGGGUGGGGAGGGUGGUGGGUGGAGUGAGAUCCAUGGCCAGGGGCAAGGGGCUGGGGGCCGAGGAGCCGAAAACCUCUGCUGAGCUUCACAUGGUUGAAGAUUUCAGGUCUCACCUGUCCCCAGAGAUCUCUGUCCCUUGGAGGUGCCACCUCAUCCUCCAUGAGAGCUGUGCUUUGCUUUCUUCUGGAGGCUGCAAGGAGGGUGGCCCCCAUAAUGGUGGACCUGGAUGCUGGGAGUCCGGGAGAGGGCACACUGUGGAGAUGGGGCAAGUGGAGCUGUGUUUCACCACCCACCCCUGCCUGAAGUGCCACUGUGAGCCCAGCCCAGGGAGCCCACUCCAGGCUCCUGCAGUGGACCCAGGUCCUCAGCCUCCUUCCCCUAAGGCCUGGGCAUGGCCUUGGCAAAUCGGGCUGGUAGUCAUCCUGGCGUCCACGGUGGUGGCCAUGUCGGCCGUGGCCCAGCUGUGGGAGGACGAGUGGGAGGUGCUGCUGAUCUCCCUGCAGGGCACAGCGCCAUUCCUGCAUGUGGGGGCCCUGGCAGCAGUCACCGUGCUCUCCUGGAUUGUGGCAGGGCAGUUUGCCCGCGCAGAGCGGACCUCCUCCCAGGUGACCAUUCUCUGUACCUUCUUCACCGUGGUGUUUGCCCUCUACCUGGCCCCUCUCACCAUCUCUUCUCCCUGCAUCAUGGAGAAGAAGGACCUUGGCCCCAAGCCCGCCCUCAUUGGCCACCGUGGGGCCCCCAUGCUGGCUCCAGAGCACACGCUCAUGUCCUUCCGGAAGGCCCUCGAGCAGAAGUUGUAUGGGCUCCAGGCUGACAUUACCAUCAGCCUGGACGGCGUGCCCUUCCUCAUGCACGACGCCACCCUGCGGCGCACCACCAACGUGGAGGAGGAGUUCCCAGAGCUGGCCCGCAGGCCUGCCUCCAUGCUCAACUGGACCACCCUGCAGAGACUCAAUGCUGGCCAGUGGUUCCUGAAGACCGACCCCUUCUGGACAGCCAGCUCCCUGUCACCCUCCGAUCACAGAGAGGCCCAGAACCAGUCCAUCUGCAGCCUGGCAGAGCUCCUGGAGCUGGCCAAGGGCAAUGCCACACUGCUGCUCAACCUGCGUGACCCGCCCCGGGAGCACCCCUACCGCAACAGUUUCCUCAACGUGACUCUGGAGGCCGUGCUGCACUCUGGCUUCCCCCAGCACCAGGUCAUGUGGCUGCCUAGCAGGCAGAGGCCCCUGGUGCGGAAGGUGGCUCCCGGCUUCCAGCAGACAUCAGGCUCCAAGGAGGCGGUCACCAGCCUGCGGAGAGGCCACAUCCAACGGCUGAACCUGCGCUACACUCAGGUGUCCCGCCAGGAGCUCAGGGACUACGCGUCCUGGAACCUUAGUGUGAACCUCUACACAGUCAACGCACCGUGGCUCUUCUCCCUGCUGUGGUGUGCGGGGGUCCCAUCCGUCACCUCUGACAACUCCCACACCCUGUCCCAGGUGCCUUCCCCCCUCUGGAUCAUGCCCCCGGACGAGUACUGUCUCAUGUGGGUCACUGCCGACAUGGUCUCCUUCACCCUCAUCGUGGGCAUCUUCGUGCUCCAGAAGUGGCGCCUGGGUGGCAUACGAAGCUACAACCCUGAGCAGAUCAUGCUGAGCGCUGCAGUGCGCCGGACCAGCCGGGAUGUCAGCAUCAUGAAGGAGAAGCUCAUUUUCUCAGAGAUCAGCGAUGGUGUAGAGAUCUCCGAUGUGCUCUCCGUAUGUUCAGACAACAGUUAUGACACAUAUGCCAACAGCACCGCCACAACUGUGGGCCCCCGAGGGGGUGGCAGCUGCACCAAGACCCUCACAGAGCGGAGUGGGCGUUAGCUGAAGACAUGUCUGUCCCACCUUCUAUGACACAGAAGCCAGGGGAGCCUAGGAGAGCUGAUGGAAGCAUGUCUGAACUCGGAGUGCUCUUGGGAGCUGGCUCCACAGCCUCCUUGUGGGCUCCAGCCCCUUGUCAGCCGCAGCCUCUCUUGAGGGGGACUCCCGUGUCCCCCUGAGGCCCAGCUGGACCAGGACUCCAGCCUCUCAGAUGCCCCUGCAGGCCUGGGGCUCCUUCUGGGUGGUGUGGGGCCUAGGGCUUGGGCCCCUCUUCUGAGGCCCUCUCCUAUAUCCUGACUUGGAAGCUUUGAUGGGUCAUGGGCCAUGCCAUGCCCCCUGUGGCAAUGGAGGGUGCAGAUGCUCAGCUGUGCUGUCUGUCCUCCUAUCUGUGCCCCGAGGCACCUGAAUUCUCUGUUUUUAUCCUGCCCCAAGGGACUGGGCCGGGCCUCUACCCAAAGCAACUCUGCUCUUCCUGUCAGUCUCAAAGCACAAGGAGGUUCGGCCCAGGAGGAAGCCAGCUGCAGUGUGGAGACACGUCCUCCUUCCCAAUCCGCCUCAUGCCACCACCAACCCCCUGUCCCAGGAGCAGACCUGAGCCACAUUCCCUAGGAGCAGCUGGAGAUGGCCAGAAGAGUGAGUUCAGGGCUACUGGAUCCUAUGCCGAAGUGUCCAGCAGACCUCAGGGCAGAAGAGUCCCCUAACCCAGGAGUCCACAGACUGAUUUAACCUCAGGUUCCCACAUCAGUGGCCACAGGGCAGGGCCCACCUGGUAAAAGUGUUCUGGACAUGGUCAGGGUGGGUGUGUAGCUAAGUAGGCCUGCACAGAGGGAACCCAAGGGGCUCGGCCAAUGUGAUUAAAGCUGCCAUUUUGA